AUGGACACGGAAUCUUAUGCGCUUUCGGAUGCCAGCGAGUUCAAAAAGCUUGUGAACAACAUAAACAAGACGGUAGGGAGGUUAAAGAAAGCGAACACCCUCACGAGAAGAGAGGCACUGUCCGCGAAAGCCACUGACACCGCGAUGGCACGCUUCUACGGCCUGCCCAAGGUACACAAGCCAGGAGUGCCCCUCCGCCCAAUCGUCUCUCUACGUGGCACCCCAACCUUUGGACUGUCAAAGUGGCUGUACCAGCGACUGUGUUUCCUCAUCAAAGACUCAGAGUGGACGGUGAAGUCAGCUGAAGAGUUCUUAACUCGCAUACGUCAUCGUAGAGUAGAGCCAGACGAGAUGAUGGUGUCCUUUGACGUGGUUUCACUGUUCACUUCUAUCCCGCCCGACCUGGCCAUCGACACUCUCGACGGACUUCUCCGAGAAAAAUAUGACGAGACCGACCAACAGCUUAAACGAGUGCACAUCAUCGAGCUCCUAGAACUGUGUCUCAAGACUUUCUUCACGUUUAACGGCCAAGUGUACGAGCAAAAAAAGGAACGCCAAUGGGUUCACCUCUGUCUGGACUAA